AGUCAUCAAGUGUUGGGGGGGGGCAGCUUUAUACUGACAACGUUUCGCGCAAAGUCGGUGACAGACUAUACAAUACGGGAGGGAGACGCCAGUCUUCGGGCAACCGUUAUUGUAAGAGUGAAUGUACGCCAGUUCUCGAUAGUCGUUUGUACCGCGUGGUCGAAACUGUCAAAUUCGUAUGCAUCAUCAACAGAAGAAAGAAAAUUUCAAUGUCAAGUUCAAUAAAUAAUGAAAAUUUCUUUAAUUUAAUUUAUCAAAGAAAAUCAAAUUAUUUUUUAUGAUUUUGAAAAUGUAUAGCGGUUUUAAUAUUUUAAAAUCAGCAGUGAGCGGAUUUUAUCGGGAGGACUAUAUUUAUAAAAAUUAGAAUAAAAAAAUGACUGAAUUGGCAAAGGAGGCAUUUGCAUCGAGAAAUUAUGGAUUGGCUGUUGAAAUAUAUGAACGAUGCCUUAAACAGCAAACACCAAAUUUUGAAUUAUUAUUUGGUUAUGGUGAUUCAUUGGCAAGAUGUGGAAGAAUAAGUGAUUCAAUUGAUAUUUAUGCAAAAUGUUUAACAUUGAAAAAUGUACCAAUGGAAAGGCUAAGACAUCUUGUUGGUUCAUUAUUAGAGGAUUUAAGUGAUAAUUGUUUACGAAAAAGAACGAUAAAUGAUUAUUUUUCAUGUUCAUUUUGUGAGGGGACCUUGUAUCAACCGGUCACGGUUAAUUGUGGUCAUACAUUCUGUAGAAAUUGUCUUGAAUCAGCCAAGAAUUGUCGCGUGUGCGGACAUAAAUUUGAUGCAGUGGGGGAAAUAAAUGUGCUUGUGCAAAGGCUUGUUGAAAAGUGGUGGCCAAGGGAGGCAGAAGCAAGCAGAGCAAGACACGAGGGUGACCUUCUAUUAAAGGAGGGUCACAUCGGUCAAGCACUGGAGAGAUAUAAUCUCGCCGUCCACCUUGCACCAAACAGUCCAUUGCAUCUUAGUAAUAGGGCCCAUGCCUUAUUUUUGCUGAAUAGGCCACAAGCUUCUCUCACCGAUGCUGAUCAUGCUGUUCGUUUAAGACCAGACUGGGGCAAGGGGCAUUAUAGACGUGGAUUAGCAUUAUCAGCGUUAGGAAGGCAUGAAGAAGCUAUUUUUGCUCUUUGUACAAGUGUAGCCAUUGACAAAAAUUCUCAAAAUGUUCGUCAUGAACUCACAAGGGCGUUACAUCGAGCACUGUCGCCAAAUCUUCGAAGAAAUAAUAACGCUUUUAUUUUAACUCCAUACAAUUUAGUGGAGACCACUAUUCGCACAAAAAGAAAUCGUCAUCAUUUGCUGUUGCCUUUAAUGAAUUCACAUCAAAGGCAUCGAAGAGCAACGCUUAAUACCUCAGAUUGUGAAGACAAUAGCAGUGGAGGAGAGGAAGAAUUUACACAGAUUAUCUGUCGAACGCCAUUAUCAAAUAUGAUGCCACAGGAUAGUGCCAAAUUGCAUGCAUCCAUAAACAGGGUAUAUCAGGAAAUUGAAAAAUUAAAAAGAAUGGAAUUAAGACCCGCGGAAAUUCUUCUACCUCCUUUAUCUAGUGGAACAACCGGUGAAUUGGACUGCAUUCUUUGCUGCAGACUAUUAUGGAAUCCUGUCACAACACCAUGUGGACACACAUAUUGUUGGAUGUGUUUAGAUCGUUGUCUAGAUUAUUCUUCCUCUUGCCCCCUUUGCGUCACUUCUCUUUCUGACUAUCUGGCUAGUAGCCAAAAGACUGUAACUGACUUUGUGGAGAGAGCUUUGAAGAUAGUGGCGCCAAAGGAAUUUACUUCGAGGGCGUCGAGUCAUCGACACGAGCUAGUUCAAGGCCUCGGUCUUCUUGGUUGUGAAGAGAUAGCCGUUUUUAUUUGCACAACAUCAUUCCCAUGCGUUGCAUGUCCCCUUUUUGUAUAUGAACCGAGAUACAGACUGAUGGUGAGACGAUGCGUCGAAAGUGGUGUUCGACAAUUUGGCAUUGCGGCGUGCCUCAAUAGAGAUGCAACUGGUGCCAAAAGAUACGCUGAAUUUGGGACCAUGUUAGAAAUUCGAGAUCGUGUUUUAUUAAAAGAUGGAUGCAGUAUUUUAAGUACAAUUGGAGGUAAAAGAUUUAGAGUGUUGUCAGGUGGGGAAAAAGAUGGUUAUGAUACAGCACAAGUGGAAUUUAUUAGAGACACGCCCGUUCAGCCUAAUCAAGUGAUCAAUAUUUUGGAACUUCACGAUAAGGUUCAAUCGAAAAGCAGAAGAUGGUGGGACACGGUGCCAUUGAAUCAACAAUCAGAAAUUCAACGUGUUUUUGGAAGAAUGCCAGAAACAGAAGAAGAUUGGCUGUGCUUAGCAGAUGGACCCUCAUGGACAUGGUGGUUAUUGGCCAUUUUACCAUUGGGACCUCAAUUACAAAUUGGAAUUCUUGGUACCACGAGCCUUGAAAAACGAUUGAGGGCCAUUGAAAAAACUCUCGAUCAUAUGGAACAGAGACAAUUUACAGUAACAUCUGCAACAUCUGAAGAAACAACAACUUCAACAAGUAUAUGUAGAGAUGACGAUGUCAUUAAUCAAAAUUCCGUUUCACUGGUUCAACAAUCCUAGAAUUUGGCCUAUAAAUCAAAAAUUUAAAUUUCUAUCUCAAAGUCUGAUCAAUCUUUUUUUUUUAUAUAUAUAUAAAUGCACACAUUUCUUCUCUGUCUUUUCUUCUUCGCUAUUAAAAAACAGCCUUUCGCCGCAAUAAUCUAUUUUCAAAGUACAAAUUUGAAUCAACUAUUUUCAAUAUCAAAUUAUUGGGAAAAUAAAAUGAAUGAAUUUUUUUUAAUAUAAAAAUUAAAUCGAUUAUGCACAAUUGAUUCUUAAUUAGAAUCUUAAUAAUUAAAAAAUCUCGAUUUCUCCGAUUGUUAAGAAAUGAUUAAUGUUAAUUAAUGCAAUAUAAUCAACGCUCAAUUAAUUGAAUUUUUAAUCGUUCAUCCUUUGUGUAUAUAAAUUUCACAAAAAUAUUCGACUAUUUUUCUCAAUAAUUUGAAAAAUUAUCUCUAUCCUAUUUGAAUGACAAAUAUAUAUAUAUAUAUGUGUAUAUGAAAUCCAUGGGGAGCAAAUCAUUUACUACAUUCUAUGUGUGAAAAAAAAAAAAAAAAUAUCGUAAUUGUAUGAAAGUUUUUUAUUACUCGAAUUUUCUCAACAAAUAUUCGACGAACACUUGAGAAAAUAUUUUAGAAUGUCUGAAUUUUUAAAAAUGCAGCGCAAAUAAUUCAUCAUUUUUUUUUUUUUUAUAACUCUCACAAAUAAUAAUUAAGGCGUCACUUGAUAAGACUACUCGCUAUGCUAGCAAAUAGUAAUUUAUUUUCAUAUCUAAAAAAAAAGAAUCAUCACAAUCUUAUUGAAUAUUUUUAAAAUUUCGUUUGAUAUUUAUAAGGUUUUCCUAAUUACCGAUAAAUAAAUUUUCGAAUUAACACAAAUACAUAUUGUGGAGAAUAAUUCGAGAAAAAGAAUUUUCAAUUUUUCAAAUUCAAAAAGAUUUAAAUCUAUGUUUAAAAAUAUAUAUGAAAAAUCAUUGUGAUAUAUAUUUAUUAUAUGUUAUACAUUACUGUUUGCUGUAAUUUCUCAAGUAUUUUGUUUAAUUCAAAAAAAAAUUAGUUUAACUUUUACGUAAAAUCAAUUGAAUUUAAAAAAAAAAAAAACAAAAUACUUCCUUGAGAAAAUAUUUGUUAUUGAAAUGUUUAAUAUUCUGAAUAUAAAUACAAUGUGAAUUACAUAUUGUGAAUUUCAAACAAAAAUUUAAUUGGCAAAAAAAAUUGUAUGUUUAUGUAAAAUAUAAAUUCAAUAUAUGAAUUAUAUUAACAACUUGUAAACUCGAAAAAAAUUUAAGUUGACAAAAAAAAAAAAGGAAUGUUAAAUAAUUUUAUUUACAGUGAAAUGAAAAUUUUAAUAUUGACAAAAUUGUUGGAUUUCUUGUCAUUUAUUCAUUUAAAGGGAGCUUUCAAUUUUUACUCUAUUUGUUUUUUAAAUUAUCUAUGAAAAAAAAAGUAUUGAAAAAAAGGGAUCAAUUUUUUAGACACUUUUAUUUAUUGUAGAUAGAUAUGUCAGAAAUAAAUAAGUGAUCAAACAAUUUUGAGCAGUAAUACAUAUCAAGUAAAAUUUUUUAAAAAUAUUCAAAGUAGUAAAUCUCUAGAAACUUCAUAUCAAUCAUUCAAACAUACAGUUUAGUAUGUACAAAAGAUGAGACAAAACUAGUUAUACACAAUUUGCAUAUAUAUUAUUUAUUUACUAUUUGUUGUUAUUAUAACGACAUGAACUAUAUAUAUAUAUAUAAUAUAAAUAUGGCUUUUUACCAUAUAUUAUAUACUAAUGUCGAUAAAAAAAAAAAAAUACACAAUUGUUGUAUUUCACCAAUUUUUUUUUUUUUUUUAUA